GGCGGCGGCGGUGGCGGCGGCGGCAGCAGCGGAGCAGAAGGGAACCGGACCGGAAGGGUCGCAGCGCCCCGCGCCCCUCACACCCACUGCGGCGGCGACGGGGCGGAGCAGAGCGGGGCGGGGCGGCCGGGUCCGGGCCGCGGAGCCGGGAACCGCCAGAACGCAUCGCCGCCUGCGCGCCCUCCCUCUGCCUCCGGCGCGGCGGCGCGGAGCCGAGCACCCACUCUGGUUUGCUGCUGUCUGAUUUAUUGCCCUGUAGCCCUGCGAAGACGGAUAGUUGGCUGGUAUCUUCAGUAGUGUCAGCUCAGUGAGCGAGCUGCAAGACCGUCUUCCCUGCCUACCUGUUGUCUCCGCUUCGUUUGUGUUGAUGACUUUUAACUUGUGAAACUUGGAUCUGACGGAGGUGCCCGCUCGCCGGAACCCCGCAUGACACUGCAUCAUGAGUGACAGUAAAAGCGAUGGUCAGUUUUACAGCGUGCAGGUGGCGGACUCGACGUUCACUGUCCUGAAGCGUUACCAGCAACUGAAGCCAAUCGGCUCUGGAGCCCAGGGGAUUGUUUGUGCUGCUUUUGAUACAGUUCUUGGGAUAAAUGUUGCUGUCAAGAAGUUAAGCCGUCCUUUCCAGAACCAGACGCAUGCAAAGAGAGCCUAUCGUGAACUCGUCCUCUUAAAGUGUGUCAAUCAUAAAAAUAUAAUUAGCUUGUUAAAUGUGUUCACACCACAAAAAACUCUAGAAGAAUUUCAAGAUGUGUACUUGGUUAUGGAAUUAAUGGAUGCUAACUUAUGUCAGGUUAUUCAUAUGGAACUGGACCAUGAAAGAAUGUCAUACCUUCUGUACCAGAUGCUCUGUGGCAUUAAGCAUCUGCAUUCAGCUGGUAUAAUUCACAGAGAUUUGAAGCCUAGCAACAUUGUAGUAAAAUCAGACUGUACUCUCAAGAUCCUUGAUUUUGGCCUGGCGCGGACAGCCUGCACCAACUUUAUGAUGACUCCCUAUGUGGUGACUCGCUAUUAUCGGGCUCCAGAAGUCAUCCUGGGCAUGGGCUACAAAGAGAAUGUUGAUAUCUGGUCAGUGGGUUGCAUCAUGGGAGAGCUGGUGAAAGGUUGUGUGAUAUUCCAAGGCACUGACCAUAUUGAUCAGUGGAAUAAAGUUAUUGAACAGCUAGGAACACCAUCCGCAGAGUUCAUGAAGAAACUUCAGCCAACCGUGAGGAAUUAUGUGGAAAACAGGCCAAAGUACCCCGGAAUCAAAUUUGAAGAGCUCUUUCCAGAUUGGAUAUUUCCGUCAGAAUCUGAGCGAGACAAAAUAAAAACAAGUCAAGCCAGAGAUCUGUUAUCGAAAAUGUUAGUGAUUGAUCCUGACAAGCGGAUCUCUGUGGACGAAGCCUUGCGUCACCCGUAUAUUACUGUUUGGUAUGACCCUGCUGAAGCAGAAGCGCCACCACCUCAAAUUUAUGAUGCGCAGCUGGAAGAAAGAGAGCAUGCAAUUGAAGAGUGGAAAGAACUAAUUUACAAAGAAGUGAUGGACUGGGAAGAAAGAAGCAAGAAUGGUGUAAAGGACCAGCCUUCAGAUGCAGCAGUAAGCAGCAAGACCGCCCCUUCGCAGUCCACGCCUUCGCAGUCGUCAUCCAUCAACGACAUCUCGUCCAUGUCCACUGAGCACACGCUGGCCUCAGACACGGACAGCAGUCUCGACGCCUCCACAGGACCCCUUGAAGGCUGCCGAUGAUCUGUUGGAGACAGUGCGCUUGUCUGUGAAGGAACUCUCGCUUCCAUGGCCCCGAAGCACAUGGGAGUUGAUGGCACCAAACUGAAAACUCCAUGUUCUGCAUGUAAGAAACACGAUGCCUUGCCCCUGCUCAGUUCCAAUAGGAUUGCCUGCUUAGACUAUAAAAUGAGGCAGACUGUGUCUGGAGAAAAAGUACAAACCACACCGUUAGACAUUUUGUUCAAGGUCAUUUCAGGUGAGCAAUUAGAAUAGAUGAGUUUCUUUUCCAAGUUGUGUGGUGUCCGUGGUGACAGCUCAUGUGUAACCGUGGGAACUCGUAUGCAUGUGACCACAAAUGCUUGCUUGAACUUGCCCAUGUAGCACUUUGGGAAUCAGUAUUUAAUGCCAAAUAAUCUUCCAGGUAGUUCUGCUUCUAGAAUAAUCUCUUAAUCCUCUUUAGUAAUUUGGUGUCUGUCCACAAAAAAAAAUAGAUUUAUGUGUAUUAAUUGGCCACCGUCAUAUUAUCAUAUCUUACCCACUUUUAUGGUAUGAUUUAUUCUAUCUUUUGUAUUUCAGAAGGAAUAUAAUUAAAUUUAUUUAAUAAAUAAAAAUACAGCUUUUCUUAAAUUUGUGAUGUUUUGGGCUGAGAAUUACCGCUGCUAAAACCAAGUUCUUUAUAUAGACACUCUGUGUCCUUUAAACUACCCACUGUGGGAUAACUUUACAUACAGCUUUUCUGCAUGACAAAAUUUCCAGUUGUAUUUCGUGCUGCUUAAGACAUACGUCACCUUGAAUCUUGCCCACGCAUCUCCUUUUUCUUGGUCCUCUGGACAUGGAUUUAGAAUCCUGCAUAUCACAAAGCACCCAUCUCAACAGAAUGUUGGCGGCAGAGAUUCCUGAACCCACUGCCUGGUGUUGGCCUAGAGCUGACAGUGGCCUCUCCAGAACAGCCAAUGAGCAGUGUUUCCCUCCGCAGAGCCCGCCCAUUCUUUGCUGCCCUCUCUUUAUUCAAGGUGAAAGGUGAUUGGGUCUCACAGCCUUUCCUUCUGUAGCAUUACCUCCUAAACUUUCUUUCUCACUGACAGAAGCCACGUCCAGCAAGAGCACGUGGUCUCUUAGGAGACCAGGCUCACUCACAAUGCCUGUUUGCUGCUGCCAUUUUCCAUUUUGUGGAGGCAUUUCCUUUUCCUAAGGGAAAUCCAUGAAUGUUCUGGAAACAUUCUUCAGGAGAAUAAGAAGAAAUACCCUAGAAAGUAGCCACUCUUGAAUAUUUUCUGAUUUAAAACUGCUCACCUGAAAUCGAUACUUUCAGAUCCUGGUCUGUAAAUUACUCAGGAUGUAGUAAGAUGCUGAGUGUUCUGUGCUGCAGAAAUGGAGUUGGGAUGGUCAUACCUUGGCUACCUGUGCUCAGAGUGUUUUCUUCCUCGAGCUUAUUUUGUUAACAAUUCAUAUCUUGUGUUCAGUUGCUUUGGGAGCUAUGGAGUGUGUUCUGGGAGGAAAUUUGAUAAGAACUUUUAUGAAAAGUACAUCUGAUACAGGACUCUGUCUGCACCACUUGUGUCCUAAUGGUGGGUCUGAUCACUGGAACCUUCAGUGAACAAAAUUCAUCUUGAAGUAAGGACUAGCUUUCUAUCAUGUAUGGACACUUCUAGGUACAAAGUGGAAAUGCCAGUGUGGGCGGAGGCAGAAACACCUGUUUAUGGCUUCAGGUUAUUUAGACCCUGGAAGCCAGAAGUCACAGGUAUGAAUGUUACCACUCUACAUAUGUAAACAUCUUACAGUUACAGCCUUCUCUCUGAGGCACAUUCUUUUCAAAGACUUCACUAAGACUGUCUUGAAGAGAGGAAGUAUAGAAAGUGAGCUUUUAAGCUUCACUCUCUGCCUCCACUGUAAAGGGAGCAUGCUAUGAUAGAGAUUUGUCCAGGGUCCCACUGACGGGAGACACCCAUAAGUGGAGCAGCUUUCUGCUCUCCCCUUACUCUGCGUAUCCAAUGAGCCUGUUGUGGAUGGAGCCUGUGCUGCUGUGGACAGGGUCUCAUGCAAAGACCCUCUUCCAUCAGGCAAGUGCACCUAUGACUGGCCACAGAGCUCCAAAGAAAUACCUCACCCCAGUUUCAGGGUCCUCCCUCCUGAGCCUAGAUUCGCCAGGGUCCUGGGACAAUGCAAAUGGUUUCGAACUGACCUCUGCAGGCGAACGCCGAAGGUGGAUGAAGAACUGAGAAAUGUGCUCAACUUUUUCAUCUUUUCUAUUUUAUUUUUGUAAUUUAUAUUGUACACACCCUGGAAGUCACUAUUUUGGACAUGUAUUUUUAUAAACCAGGUAAUUGAUGAUUAUCUGGAAUUUGCACUAGGUUAGUUUUUGUUGUUGUUGUUAUUGUUGGCUUAGUUUUCAGCCAAAGGUGGAAUGACUGCCCUUGCAGGUCUGUCCCUUUCAAGCACAGGUCUGGAGGGCAGACAUGUCCAGCCAGGGGAGGAGAGCGGCCUCAGAACACAGGCUGCAUAGUGCCUCGCAGCUUUGGGCCUGCAGUUGGAGCCAGGCUGUGCUCUCCUCUUUAGAACACAAAGCCCAGAGCCCUUGUGUUAGAAGGAGAAAGCCCUCCAUAGGCCCUUGCUGGCAGCCAGGGUCUGCAUCUAAAACAAAAACACAACACUGGUGUCAUCUGGGCCGAGUGAUGUGUGAGUCAUAACAGUGGUGUAUGAGUUUGUCUGGUUAGUUUCUGAUGUGACUCUCCGGUGUCUCAUGCUGGUAGUUAAUACAGGUGUGACCUUUCAAAUUGCAUAUCUCAAAAGUAACAUUGCCUAAUGUUUUAUAAUAAAAUAUAUUAUGUGUGUUUUGAUUGGUGGAAAGUAAUACAAGCUACAUUUUAAAAGAGAAAUGUACAGCAUGUCCAGUUCCUGUGUGUUUAAAAGUGACAGUUGACUGUAUCUUUCCACAUCACCAUUUUGAUUACAAACUUAACACAA